AUGGAGUUGAAAAACGAUGGAGUUUUCCCACAAACGUUUGCGAGUCCCUCUGUGUUACAGGGCGAGAUCAGAGAAAGCGCCUCCCAGACGAGGGAUGUCCUCAAACAGCAUUUUAAUGAUUUGAAGGGAACCCUCGAGAAGCUCCUGGAGGAGAGAUUGGUCACCCUUCUGCAAGAGGUGGACAUAAUUGAACAAGAGACCGUAAAGCCACUGGACGACUGUCAGAAGCUUAUUGAGCACGGAGUUAACACUGCCGAGGACUUAGUCCGAGAAGGUGAGAUCGCUAUUCUUGGCGGCGUAGGAGAGCAGAAUGAGAAGCUGUGGAGCUUUACUAAGAAGGCCUCCCACAUUCAGUUGGACAGCCUGCCAGAAGUGCCUUUACUGGUUGAUGUACCGUGUUUAUCUGCUCAGUUGGAUGACUCGGUUCUUAACAUAGUGAAAGACCACAUUUUUAACCAUGGAACGGUAGCGUCUCGCCCACCGGUGCAGAUCGAAGAGCUAGUGGAGAGGCCUGGCGGCAUCAUAGUACGCUGGUGUAAGGUUGAUGACGACUUUACAGCCCAGGAUUACAGACUCCAGUUCCGUAAAUGUACUUCCAAUCACUUUGAGGAUGUGUAUGUAGGCUGUGAGACAGAAUUCAUAGUAUUGCACAUCGACCCCAAAGUGGAUUACCAGUUCAGAGUCUGCGCCCGAGGCGAUGGCCGGCAGGAAUGGAGUCCUUGGAGUGUCCCCCAGACAGGUCACUCCACACUGGUGCCUCACGAGUGGACCCCUGGCUCUGAGGGCUACAGUCUGAGCAGUCGGAGGAACAUAGCGCUCCGCAAUGAUACGGAAUCUCCCGGUGUCCUCUACUCCAGCGCUCCCACCUACUUCUGCGGGCAGACCCUGACUUUCAGAGUUGAAACCGUGGGACAGCCAGACCGAAGAGACAGUCUAGGAGUGUGUGCGGAGAAGCAGGAUGGCUGUGACUCUCUGCAGCGGGACCGCGCCGUGUGCAUUAGUACAAAUGGUGCAGUGUUUGUGAAUGGAAAAGAAAUGACUAAUCAGCUUCCUGCCGUCACUUCUGGAUCUACUGUCACUUUUGACAUUGAAGCCGUGACUCUAGGAGCCCUCAAUAAUAAUGAAGGCGGAAACAUCAAGCUUCGCGUAACCAUUAGCUCCAAUAAUAGAGAAGUGGUUUUUGACUGGCUACUUGAUCAGUCCUGUGGCUCCCUUUACUUCGGAUGCUCCUUUUUCUACCCUGGCUGGAAAGUAUUAGUGUUUUAGAUCUUUUGGAAUUAUUGGCUUUGGUUUAGCAGGGUUUUUAACGUAGCCAUCCUCAGCCCUGCUAAGAUGUAAUUGAUGGAAACAGUUGGAUUCAUCUCUCAGAUAAUUGGAAAUGACAAGUGUUUACUGGAUUCAUUUUGGGAAUAUUUUAGCAAUAAGACACUUGAAUGUUGUGAACAAAAGCAUAGUGCAGUCAAGGUUAUUGUUAGCAUAGUCCUAAUUUAAAGAUCCCAUAACAAUAAAAAUCAAACUGGUCUUAAAAAUGUAGCAUAGCUACAGAGAAGGUCGGUAUGCUUUUGCUGUCUUUUAGUUUGGUUACUAGAACGGAAACCUCACUGAAAUAUGUAAAGGUCAUGUCAAAGUAGGAGACACCAGACACAGACUGGCUCUAAUAUGCAUUCAGUCCUGUGCUCUACUUAGAGGAGGGUGGUGGCUGUGCUGCCCUUAUUCGCCUGUUUAGGAGCCCUGGGGGCCUAGGUUACAUGUGGAGCUGCUAAUCGCAAGAUCAGCAGUUCAAAACCACCUGCCACUCCAAGGGAGAAAAUUGAGGCUUUCCACUCCCAUAAAAAGUUACAGUCUGGGAAACCCAGAGGCCGUUCUAGCCAGUCCUCUAGGAUCACCAUGAAUCAGAAUCAACUAGAUGGCAGUGAGAGUUUUAUUCCAAUAUUUUGUAAGCAGCAUCGACUUUUAACCUUUCAUCGAGACCCCAAAGCAUUAUAAUUUUUGAAUUUUGAAAAUAGAAAUGUGUCCACAGUAUUUCCUCUGGCCCCUGCUUUGCCAUGCAGGCUAGGUCAGGGGAUUCAUCACAGGGUAAAACUACUUUUGGAAGUCUUAUACUCAUCAGUGCAGUUUCACUUAGUGUCUCUCUCUCUCUCUCUCUCUCACGCACACCAUCCUCGGUUAUAGGCUUGUACAAUUGGCCCUCUGGUUCCCCUGGUUCCACGUCCAUGGGUUCAACUAUGGAUAGAAAAUAUCAGGGGGGUGGGAUCCAGAACAUAAACCUUGAAUAUACUGCUGAGGAAAGAGCUGAAAUCCAUAAGGACAAGGGAUGGGUAGCCAUGCCCUGCUGCAGCCUCCCACCAGCCCCAUGCCAUUUGAGCAUUGGUCACUUGGCCUCUUGAUUGCAGCUUGUACUAUGCAUUCCCUUUGGAAAAAUGUCUCCCAACAAGCAGUUACAUGGUCCAAGUGAUCCCUCAAAGGCCAAGAGGGAGCAAAACCUGCUAAUUACUAGUACUGACAUCGUACUGGGUAUCGGCUUAAGACAUCUAGAGGUAAUAUAAAACAUGGGAGGGUGGGUGUAGAUUGGGUGCAAAUGACAUCGUUUUAUAUCGAGACUCAGACACACGGGUAGCAUAUCAUCAGCAGUUCAGUUUCAUAAAUGGCCUUACAUGGAGCAAGAGAACAUAGGGUAAAUACUUAAUCUAUUUUUGGGGGGGAAAAUUGUGUAUUUAUUUGAAUGAUUUUGUUUGUAAAAGUGAUGCUCUAAACUUGCGAUCCUUGCUGACAGUUCUUUAUUUUAAUGUGAAGUUUAAAAAUGAAAAACAUUCUUUUUAUUCCUUUUGCCAAUAGAAAAAUGUUCAGAAAAAGAAGUUUGAUUAUUUUUGUAAGAUAAUUUAUUUGGGAAUUCAAGUUCCCUCUUGGACAAUCAUGAACUUUUCCUGUGCCUUAUGUAUAAAGUGUGAGUACCCUUUUGUUUUGGCCAGCGAUUAUUAAGAAGCCAUGCUAGGAUCUAGACACCCUGUCCAUUUGUCUGUAACAAAAUAAAAAAACUGAAAGUUC